AUGGGAAGCAAGAAGACCACGACGGUCACUUCUUCCAUCGCACCAACAAAGUAUACGGCAAUUCGUAUGGUCGAAUCAGCGUCGGAUAUUGUUCGAAUGAUCAAUGAGUCUCCACAGGACGUCUCGAACGAAGAUUUUGUUCAAGAAUUGAAAAAGAAAUUCCAGUGCAAGAAACUUCGUGCUGCUUGUACGCAACUAGGUCUACAUCCUCAGGCUGAUCCUUCAAUGAACCAUAAGAAUGGAUAUUCCAAGCUACUGUGUCAAUAUCGAUGUGCUCGACUACGCGGAGAAGUAUUUACAAGAUAUCCUAAGCCCAAGAUGACACCAGUGAAGCAGACUUUUAGGAUUGAAAUACGUGAUAGGACGCAGCAUUGUGGGUUUAGAUUGAUCAAUAUCUUGUUCAGUCCUGCAUUCAAUGCACGGAUGAUUGAGUCUGGAGCUCUACCAUCUACUGGGAUUCAGGUUGAUACCACCGAUGGUCGAGCCAAAUACUGGAAAGAUGUAGCAAUGGCCUAUGAGAAUGACAAUCCUGAAUUUAGUAGGAUUGCAGGUCCACCAGGACGAUAUAAAGAAAUUGAUCCAAGACUUGCACCUCAUUGCUCUUCAGCCAAGCUCUGUUCGAUAUGGAAAGACUUGACAAUGCGUUAUGAGGAGAGUGUUGCUCGCUGGAAGCAAUUGGGGACGGAAGGCUCAAAUUUUUGCAAUUUCUGCAGUGAUAUGGACGUGUUGUACUUGCACGACAAGCUGCAGAUGUCACCGAUUCAAUUGAACUUGGAGCAGAUGAAAGCACCAAAACGAGCGCGAAUUGGGGAUGUUUCGAAAGAAGGUGAACAUGUUUCAAUGGAUAAAGACUCGGACAAAGAGGAGCAUUUGAUUCAGCGUGGAAACUUUCUCAUACCAUCGGAAGUUGAAUUGCCUAUGCGACGUCAAGUUUCGAGUACAAAUGGCUCUCAAAAAUUGAUGCACCGCAGGAUUCUACCGACACCUGGUCUCUCUGAGCCUGAGCCUAUCGAGCGUCAGAGUUUUCUGGCCUCGAGCGAAGACCAGACGUCUACCGCGAGUCAGGAGUCCAGGACACUGGAAGAAAGUAUGCAACAGUUUCUUGCGGCCAAAAGUGAAAGACAUGUGCGCCUAGAUACGUAUGAUGGAGUGAUAUACUCGUCGCAAGCUGUGCGCGAUACAAUGUCGGCAAUCGAAUCUCUGAAGCGUGGCAACUAUGAUUGUACUGUCAUUGCUCAGGCAAAAGAGAGCAUGGACGCUAUCGUGCAGGUUUGGCUUCAAGAAUUGAACAAGGCUGCACAAUCAUGA